AUGACGUAUAAAGAGGAUUUAUCAGCUUUACAGGAGAGUAUUACUGGUGUUGCUGAGAAGUUGGAUACUCUCACUGAAACUAUCACCAACUUCUAUGUUCUUGAUGAAGAUGCACAGAAUAAGAAGGCAGUUGAAAAGCUUUUGCAAAAAGAACAAGAAGGCACCGCUCUUGCUGACAGGCUUACCACAUCCUUGCGUACUCUAUUCACAGAAUUUUUUCCUCCAAAUCAUCAAAAUAAUGGCGUUGCGCCUCCUCCACCACCUCCGGUUAAUCAUGGUGUUCAACAAAUGCCACCUAACUCAAUUAAUAUCAAGUUCCCUACUUUCAAUGUUGAGGAUCCUGAUGGCUGGAUUUUCAAUGUUGAUCAGUACUUUAGUGUAUAUAACAACUCUGAUACUCUCAAAAUGAUUGUUGCUUGUGCACAUCUAAAAGGAGAGGCUAAUAUUUGGUAUCGAUGGAAGAGAACCAGAGUUGUUGUUACAACCUGGGUAGAAUUCUGCAAUUUAAUUCGUGCUCGAUUGAACCCUGAAAAGUUUGUUGACGCUCGCCUAGCCAUUAACACCAUGGAGCAAAAAGGUACAGUUCAUCAACAUAUCUCUGAGUUUGAAAAAUUAUUGAACUUUGUUGAAUUUCCACACGAUUACUUGAUAAGUUGUUUUAUCCAUUCACUUAAACCACAUAUUGGGUCUGUGGUAAAACUGCUUGCACUCCAAACUUUGGAUGAGGCUUAUACUAAGGAAAUAUAUCAGGAAGUAUCUUAUGCAGCUACCAAGUUUGUCCCUAAACAACCAUAUCGUCCACCUAUACUCAGAAGUCCAAUUCCUCCUCAACCAGGUAAACAACAUCAGCAAAAUUUUCCUCCGGGUUAUAGGAGAUUAUCACCAAAAGAACAAAGAGAAAAAAGAUCUAAGGGUAUUUUCUUCAAGUGUGAUCAGACAUACAUACCAAAUCAUAUAUGUGUUAAUCCUCAGUUAACUAUCUAUGAUAUUGAGGAACCUACAACUGAACUUGUAAUACAAGUUGUGGUAACUAUUUCUGCGACUGAAGUUGAUAAUUCAUUAGAGGAUGAUUCUAGGGUUGAGGAUGUUCCUUCUAUUUCUAUGAAUCCACUCAUGGGUUCACCCUUUCCUACUACAAUGCGUAUUACAGGUUCUUUUAAAGCUCAACCAAUUACAGUUCUAGUAGACUCUGGUUCUACUCACAAUUUUAUUAGCCCAUCAUUCACCAAACAAUGUGGUUAUCACAUUCAUUCCAAAGAUAAUUCUUUUCGUGUUACAGUGGGUGAUGGUGGCCAUAUACACACUCAAGGAACCUGUUUAAACAUACCAAUUCAGCUACAAAAUCACCUGUUUUCAAUUGAUUUCCAUGUCUUGGCUGUUAGUGGAUGCGAUGUUGUUCUAGGGGUUCAAUGGUUUCGCAAGUUAGGACCUAUUGAAUGGGAUUUUGAAAAAUUAUUAAUGAAGUUUAAAUAUGAUGGAGCAGAAAUUCAAUUAUUGGGUAAUAACUCUUCUACAUUGAUGGUCUUGGAUACUGCUCCCAUGCAGAAAUUGCUACGUAAAGAGGUGUAUGGGUUCUUUAUACAAUUAAUUGCAGUACACAAUUUUGCAUUAAUUACUCCUUUAAUCGAAAACCCUGAAAUUAAGAAGUUGCUAUCUACCUUUCAAGAUGUGUUUGCAACACCAACUUCUCUUCCUCCGACAAGACUGCAUGAUCAUCGCAUUCCGUUGCUACCAUAUUCCGCUCCUGUUAAUGUUCGUCCAUAUAGAUAUCCAGAUUUUCAAGAGGAUGAGAUUGAAAAGAUUGUUUCAAAACUCAAGCAAGCAGGUUUCAUACGCCCAAGUUCUAUUCCAUUUUCUUCACCCAUAUUAAUUGUCCGUAAGAAAGAUGGGUCAUGGAGAAUGUGUGUAGAUUACAGGGCUUUAAACAAGUUGACAAUUAAAGAUCGAUAUUCUAUUCCUAUGGUGGAUGAGUUGUUAGAUGAACUGCAUGGUGUCGUUAUUUUCACAAAGCUUGAUUUACGUUCUGGAUAUUAUCAAAUACGUCUAUAUGGACCUGAUAUUCCUAAAACGGCGUUUAGAACUCAUGAUGGUCACUAUGAGUUUAUUGUCAUGCCUUUUGGGCUCUCCAAUGCGCCAGCUACCUUCCAAAGCUUAAUGAAUCAUAUAUUCAGACCAUAUUUGAGAAAGUUUGUGCUCGUUUUUUUAUGA